GUAAUCAGGGGUGGAAAUGUCCCUUAUGCUGAGAGAGCUGUUUACUCAGUGCUUUGUACUGAACUGUUAGACUGGAGCUGUGUGUUGGAUAUUGAGAGUUUUUAUUGGAAGCAUUUCCCUUCUGAUUUCCAGCCUGAGUUUUAUUGAUGGCUCAUUCCUGCAUAUGAGAAGAAGGAUUGUACCAUACUACACGAGAGAAUACAGAGCAUAGACAAUACAGAUAGAUCCUGACCAUUGCCCAAGGAACAACUGCACAACUUUGCAAGAUAAUCAGGCCUUUCGCUGCAUUGUUCAACACAGAGAAGGUUGGGCAGUGAAAACAUCAUCUGGAAGUUGGUCGGUUCAGGUGAGCUUUGAGAUAUCAUCAGAUCUGAAACUGGUCGGUAGUAUGAAGCCUUCCAUCAGAACCAAACUUUCUGAAGGUUCGGCUGUGGAUGAUCAAUCAGGGUGAGGCUGGGAAGAAGUGUGAGUGACUCAAGGUGGGGUGAGAGCUUCAGUUAUUCAUCGAGCCUCAUAAACGACUGACUCAUUCCUACAUGUGAGAGACUGUUCAAGUGUGAGGAGGACUCCACAGACUUAUCGGAUCAACUUACAUUUCAACUACAUCCUGAUGUAGAAUUGUUUACUCAAGGACACCUUCAUGAAAGAGAAACGGUUCAAGUGUGAUGUUUGUGACAAAGCUUUUGUAAAGUCUACACACCUCCUGAUACACCAGGGGAUUCACACGGGGGAGAAACCCUUCAGGUGUACAGUGUGUCAGGCAGCAUUCACCCAAUUCUCCAAUCUCCAGACACACCAGCGAUUUCACACAGGAGAGAAGCCAUACAUGUGCGAUGUGUGUGACAAAUCUUUCUCACAGUCAUCAGACCUCUGCAGGCACCAACGGAGUCACACAGGGGCAAAACCAUUCAGGUGCAAAUUUUGCGAGAUAUCAUUCUCAUUGUUAUUUGCUCUCCGCCGACACCAACGCAUUCACACAGGGGAGAAACCAUUCUUGUGUAAGGUUUGUAACAAAUCCUUUGUACAAUCGUCAAGCCUCCGCGAGCACCAACGUAUUCACACAGGUGAGAAACCAUUCAGUUGUGAGACUUGUGACAAAUCAUUUUCACGGUCAGCGAACCUCCGGACACACCAACGCAUUCACACAGGGGAGAAACUGUUCAAAUGUGAGGCAUGUAACAAAUCAUUCCCUGACUCCUCCAGACUUUUGCUCCACCAGAGGAUUCACACAGGGGAGAAACCAUUCAGGUGCGAAGUGUGUGAAAAAACAUUCUCAACAUCAUCAAACCUCCACAGACACAAACACAUACACACACGACCCACAAGCUAGGGAAGCAGAUGAACGCCACUAACAUGCGGUGGAGAGCUGCACCCUCUUUGAAGGAUGUUGAUGCUGGUACGGAGCAUGAAAUUUUCCAGAUUCAAAAAGAAACAGCAGCACUGGAAGUCAUCAAUUGAGCAGAGACACUGAAUCUCACAGGCAAGUGUUCUGAUCGGAUUAAGCAAACCCAAACAACGUGGUAUAUCUGUUCAAAAAUUGUUCAAAUUCAACAGGUAUUUGAGGUGUUGGGAUGGUCUGACAUCAUCAAGGCCAGCCCUGUUACUGUGAGACUAUUGCACAAACAGAAAUGAAGUGAUCACUGAAAAUUGCACCUUGACAAAGGGAGCAGUGUCAUUAUCCCUGAAGACAUGAGAAGAGAGAGGCUGAAAAACAUCUCACACGUACACCAGGGAAUUGAAUCUAGUCUGAGGAAGGUGAGAGAAGUGCUAUACUGGUCAAACUUGAGCAAUGAGGUGCAAUCAGCCAGUACAGGGCUUGUAAUGAACAUCAAACUAAACAAGAUAAGAGCUGCUUGUGACUCAUGACAUCCCAGACAGCCCGUGCGUAGAGCUGUUCACUCUCACUAGAAUUGAUUAUCUUGUCACAGCUGACUACUACUCAGGAAGCAGGGAAUUACAGCAGCUGAGGUCAGUCACUCCCAGUGAGAUUGUAGAAUAUCUGAAAGCACACUUCAGUCUUCAUGACAUUCCUGACACUGUGAUCAGUGAUAAUGACAUCAAUUUAUGAGUGAAGAAUUCAGGCACUUCAUGAAUGGAUUGAGCAAUUCAGCACCACACAUCCUUUCCACUCUGUCGUCGGUCAAAUGGGAAGAUCGAGGCAGCGGUGAAACAUGCCAAAAAAGAAAAAGGUCAACUAUAUCUGGCUGACAUGUAUACAACACAGUCUUAGCGUAGAGAAACACCUACUGAAGAAAUGGAAAGCAGUCCGGCAAGUAAUAUUAUGCUGCACCCAAAUUACUUUGAAAACAGAUAAAACAAAACAAUUGAGAUUAUAAGUGGUAACAGCAGUGAGUGACCAGAUCAAAGACAGAAAGCCAAAGUUCAGUUUGAUAACAAUUCCAGAUUGUUGUCUGAACCUAGAUUUGAAGAGCUGGUCAGAAUGAAAACACUUAACACACUCAACAAAAGUGAUCAUGCUGGUAGAGAUAGUAGGAACUGCAGAUGCUGGAGAAUCUGAGAUAACAAGGUAUAAAGCUGGAUGGACACAGCAGGCCAAGCAGCAUCAGAGGAGCAGGAAGGCUGAUGUUUCAGGCCUCGACCCUUCUUCAGAAAUGACCAUGCUGUCAACUAGGUAACCUUAUGCAGAGGUUGCCACCUCGAUUGUUGACAGUGAAAGUGAAUGAUAGGACCAUCUUUGAACCUGUAGAUUUCUACCUGUAGCUGGAGAAGUUGCUAACUCAUAGCAUAUAGCUCAUAAGACAGACCUUUUAACAACCAACUGCAUGAGGAACUGAGUGAAUGUCAGGCCCAGUGUUUAGCCAAAAUCUCAGAUCAGCAGCAACACUUACCACGGGAAUUGCACUCUCCAUUAGCAACAACAUUUUCCAGAGGGUCAAUACCACCUGAGCCAGCAACAACAAAUGAGCAGCCAACAUCACCUCAGAGGUGCAAUAUUAAAAGACCUGCCAGCUUAAAGGACAACGUGUGCAAUCCUGUUGGAGAAACAGAAGAAGUUGGGACAGAUGUGAAACAACGGACUUUGUUUGUGUGUAAUAAUUUUCUUGACGGAAUCUGGAUGUGGAGUAACUGGUGAUGGU